UAUUUCAAAAAUUCAAACAAAUCCGCGAAGUUUUCUUUCGAGUUAAUUAUUAUGUUUAAAAUGUACCACAAAUAACAGUAAAUGGAAAAAAUAUGGAAGUAAACCUCCAGCCUCAGGAUUUCUUCGGAAACCUACACAAAUGCCUGGAAGAUCCCACUAAAAACGCAGAGGAAUGUUCCAAAUUACUGCAAAGCUUCAAUCAGUAUUUGUUACAAGAACAAAUAGAUCCCUCCUUAUUAGAUUCGUACAUUCCUCACAUCUUUCACGAGACCGAAUCUUUGUUGAAAUUCGUCGACGAAUCGUCGAAGAACAAAUCGCUGAGCAAACCCUGCCAGACGGCCUUGGAAAUUUUACACUUAAUCCUGAACAAUUUCCACGCGAAAUUGCAGGAAAAAGACGUAUUAAAUCUCUACUCGGUCGCCUCUCGUAUCAUCAAAUCCAGCCACAUCGUAACGGGUGCUUCGUUGAAGGUGAAACUCUUCGAUCUGUUGACGACUAGCUUGGAGAAGGGCGAAGGUUUCGUCAGCAACGAAGCCCGAUCGGUUUAUAAAAGUUUAUACGAUUCUUUGAUGUUGAUGUUACAACUCAAGAUUCAAUCGGAUACAGUGAGAAGUAAGGAAUUGUCGGUGACCGGUUACUUGGCCAAAAAGUAUCCGUACGUAAUAGAAAAUUCCAAACAGCUGCGAACAAUUUUCCUGCGGAACUUUGUGUUGCACGUUAAAGUCUCUAGUCACAGUUUGAUAUCCGGCUUUUACAAGGGAUUCGGUGAUUUCCUGGAGAACUUUCCGAUGGAAUCGAACGACGAAAAGAAUUCAAUCGAGAAAUUGUAUCUGCAAUUGAAAGAUCUGGUCGCGGUCAAACGAAACGAGAGGAAAUUCGGAAAAAGAGAUGCGAUUUCGUUCUUCGGAAAAAACGUAAAUUUAUUCGGACGAAACGUUUUAAGAGACUACAAGUUUUGGCAUGAAUCGCUUUUGAUUUGGUUACAAAGCGGCAUCGAAGAGAAAAAAGUCGCUUCUAUCGCUCUGCGUGGAUUCUAUCGAGCUCUUUGUUGUUGCAUCAAAGAGAAUAAUGCAGGGGAAAACUGCGAGAAUGUUAUACGAUACUUUAUGGUGUACUGCAAAGCCAGCUUGAUCGACAAACAGUUAUCAAAUUACGAAAAACGUUCGGGCAUUUUUUGCUCGAGCGAAUUCGCCUCGGUUUUCCAUCGAAGUCUCUCCGACGAAGAAUUCGCCGAGCUGUUUCUCAUCGUGAUGCAAACCUUCGAAAAUUCUUUCGUCGUCGACGAUGAAGAAGAGCGACAAUUUCUACCGGAUUACGUGAAAGCCGCGGCGAAUUUCCUGAGAUUCGAAGAUUUUUCCAGCGCCGCGCGGUUGUUUUGUUUGGAGAAAGGCGUCGUGACGAUGAUGAAAUCGUUUCAUCGAUUGCCCGAUUUUCAUCACGACGCGAUCGUCGAUUCCGUACAUUUGACGUUGUACCGUUUGAUGAAUAGCGAGCAUUUCGAUCGGUUCUUAGAGGCCGUCGUUUAUCAAGGGAUUAUUUGGUCUUGCUCACAUCAGCAUUUAUCCGCAUCGGCAUAUUCCGACGAGAAAUUAAUAACGGUAGAAGAUUACAUUCCAUUGUGGACGGGUUUGUUGAAAUUUUCGCCCAACAAAAAUUACAACAAAUGCGAAUUCCGUUUGGACGAAAGAAAAUUCGUCAGGAAUCGAUUGAUCCGCGAACUGAUCAAAACUUUGAUGGUACUGAUCAACAAAUUGAACGUUACCGUUCGACGGUUCGACGAAGAAUCGACGAGAGAAGGCGCUCUUAAACCGGAAAACCCGGACGAUUACGCCAUAUUUUUAAAUUUAGUCGAUUUGUACGAAAUCGGAAUCUUUCGAUGCAUCGAAUGGCGUUCGUCGAACGGCCGAAACGCGGCGAAACUGUUCGAUCAUUUGCUCGCCAAAUGCGUCUCGUAUCCGUCGGUCAGCGGUUUCUUCAAACUUUUGGCGUCGUGCGUAAAAAUCGCCGGCGAAUCGGGCGUAUUCGACGAAUCGAAGGAGCGUCGCGACGCCUUGGAACGCUUCGUCGCGCGCCUACUCGACGAAAUGCCCGACUACACGGACGAUCUGCUCGUAACGCGGCUGCGCGUCGUCCUCGAAUCGCCCGCCGCCGUCCGUGACGUUUCGGCGCUGUUGCCGCUGUGCUCGGCGCCGCUCGUCGCCGCCUUAGACGCCGGCAGGAGUUACGCGCCGCUCGUCGAGAUGGCGCUGGACGCGCUCGAACGUUGGCAGGAGCGGAUCGAAGAGCGCGAUGAUGCGUCGUUCGACGCCCUGCUGAGCGCCGUCGCGCCAUGUUUGGACGGUUACCUGAGAAGCAAGGUUUCGUAUACGACGACGACGUCGGCGUCUGCGCAGCCGCGGCGGCGGCGAAAGGGAAGCGGCGUCGUUAGCGAGGCGGAGCCGGCGUUGACGAGGUUGCAGUGGAGGAUGGUGCGAUUGGUGGGACGGCAGAGCGCGGGGAAUUGCAGAAGUUUGGCGUUCGCCGACGGUGGCGGGGGAGGUGGCGGCGGCGGCGGCGGCGGCGGCGUUGCGACGGCUAGCCACUUGAAGAUCGCUUUGCCCUACGACGGGACCGAUUUAGAGGUGCGUCUCGACGCCGCGUUGCCGCGCCUCAUCGAGUUGGCCUUGAACGGCGUCGAUAGAAAGACGAGAGUGUCGGCGUGCGAAUUGUUGCAGGCCUGCGUGAUGGUAUUCUUGGGAAGAGCCAAGCAAAUGACGACCGAAGGUUUGAAAGAAUCGACCGAUUUGGUUUCUUUUCUGGCGAUGCCUUUGUUGUUGUUGGGUUGCGACAUAGACGGGGUGGUGAGGCAAAUAUUCGAACCGUUGGUUAUGCAAUUGAUCCAUUGGUACGCGACUCCCGGUCAACGUUUGGGACCGCACGCCGCCAUCAUCGUCGAUACUUUAAUGGAAGGCAUCGCGCACCCGACGAAUUCGAAUUUGAAAGACUUCUGCGGCCGCUGCGUCUACGAACACCUCAAAUGGACCCUCAAACACGAUCGGUCGCACGACGACGGCGUCGUCGCCGUCGCCACGCUCGUCAGAAAGAUGCGCUUCUUCGCUUCGCAUCCGAACCGCGCCAAAAAAUCCGGCGCCGCCUUCAUAUUCCUCAACGCGCACGCGCUGCUCCGAGAAGACGAACGAUUGGUCAGCGCCCAUUGGCUGGACGUCCUGCACGUUUUGGUCACGAGUUUGGACGACGUCGCCGUCGACGGCGCCGUCGCGGCGUCGAUCAAAAGGGCAUUGGGCCGGGCGAGGCGCGUCAUCGUCGAGAAACCCGGGACGUUUCGGCGAUUCGACGGGAACCGAGCGAUACCGAGCGAUUUUAAAACCGGUUCGUUGGAGGACGUCGCGGCGUGGUUGUUGCGGAGGACUUGCAGCAACAGCAAACAUUGCAGGGAAGCUUCCAUGGAGCUCUUCGUCAGCAUAACUCCUCUAUGCUCUUCGCGGCCUCGCCAUUUGAGCGACUUCCUCCUUUCCGAGCAUUUCUCCGGCACAUUGCGCGAUUUGUACGACGGCAAACUGUCGAGCAUCGAAUCGAUUCGCGAUCACGCCGGUUUGUUUUGUUACUUGCGCAAUUUCACCUGUUGCUUGGACGGUUACGCGUUCCUGACGCGCCAUCGGCUCGAGAAAAUCGAUUUUGACGAGCGCGUUUUCGAGGAAAUCGAUCGGUUUAUCGAUAAGAUGCGUUUCUGCGACGAUCUGAACGCCUCUGGCGCCGCUUCCGAGCGAGAUUUGUACGGGAAAUUGAAGAACGAAUGCGUAAGGGCGAUGUUGCGGUUCUAUGCGGCUCUCGUGCAAAACCACGCGAAAAUCCAAUUGGAUAAGAAGAAGAGCUGGAGCGACGGGUUUUGGAGAUUCCUCUCCGACGUGAUAUUGGCUCCGCAGGAACGGGGUUUGGUUAACGACGAAAUCGAUUCGUUGACGGUUUUGUGCAAUUCGAUGUACGAGAAAAUCGAUUGCGAUUCGUUCGUGGGGGCUCUGCAACGACGAAUCGAUGCGUUCACGACUCCUUGUGCUCGUUUGGAAACCAAUACGAAUUUGAAUGAUAGAAAUUUAUUGAACGGUAUUUCGUUGUUGGCUAAAUCUACGAUCUCGUCUCGGCUCGAUCUCGCUACUGUAAACUCGGCUCUCGAUCAAUUUCUCGUCGAAUUUUCUAACCGAGCUACAGACGGUUUGAUUUUCAUCAAUCGAAUACCGGACACCACUUUGUCGCAUCUAUCGAAUCUAUUCGAGCUGGUGUUGCCGAAGAAUUUCGAUUCGAUCGCGAAUUUGUUAUUGCUUAGCGAUCGUCGCGUAAAAUCCUCAGAAGCGGCUCGGAACGUCGAUCUUUGUUCGUUCUUCGUAACCACCUUCGAUAAAGCUUUUGUUCCGGUUUUAAUGCGAAAUUUCGACGAUUUUUUAUCGAUCGGUUUACGAACAUCGAACAUCGAACUCGCUCUGGAUAUAAUCCCGUUUAUUUUGGAAUGGAUUUGCAAGAACGAAUGCGUCGCGACGCGUCGCGAAAGCGUCGUUAAUUGUUUGUUGAAUCGUUGGAACGAUUUCGGUGAUCGUUUGAACGUUAAAAAAGGAACGGAAUUGUUGAGGCUCGUCGUUCGAUUGAAGAGAGACUUUAAUUCUGCCAACGUGGAAGAUUGGCUGGUGAAUUGCAUAGUGAAAGGCCGUAAUAACGACGUGGAAUUGUUCGGACUGUUGGCUAGAGCGGCUCGAAAUCGCCGCGUACAGGAUCGAAGCGUUUACUGGCCGCAAGUAUUUGCCGUGUUCGACGAAGAAAUUCAAAAUCAAACGCGCGACGAAGGAGCCAAAAAAACGUAUUUCAACAAAUUACUGACGUUUCUACCCAUAGUAAAAUCUCAUGAACUGUUCGAAUACUUGAUAAAUAUUGUCGAGAAAAUCGAACCGAUCGCGAACGCCGAAGAUUUAAUCGGAAAAUGCGCGAAAAACCUUGAUCGAGAUGCGCAAGAAGAGAUCUUGCAAAAACUCUACGACGUUGCCACGAUUAAAAUCGCCAAGGAAAUUUUAACGGCAGUUUUAACUAACGUCGAUAUCGAUGUAUUUGAGCGAUUCUUCGCCUCGAACAUCCCGGAAAUCCUGCGAACGUUCGACGAAAACAACCUCGAACGCUGCAGCGUAAAUUUCAUUCUAAUAGAAGUGUUGUUUCUGAGAUCGCCGCUCAGCUCCGAAGGUAAUUGCGCUCUAAGUAUAUCAGCGAACGAACCCAAAUUACUAGCGCGGCUGCUCAAGAUCGCCUUGGACGCCUUCAAACAACCUCAGGUGGUAGCGAACGGCAAUCCUCUAAACAGGCUGCACAAAUGCUGCGCUUACAACGCUUUGGCGUCGAUGGUGAGCAAUUCCUCUUCAAUUUCUUCCAUCGGCUUCUACGAGCGAUUGUUCGUGAGGAAAUCCGCCGACGACGGCAGGGACGUGUUGUGGAACAAUAUAAUCGAUUUGGAGGCGAAGUACGAGUUCCCCGUCGAGUUGGACGCCCUGCCGGCCGACAGGAAGGUCCUGGUGAACGUCAGGGACGCUUUGAAGCGUCGCCGUCGCGACGCCGGAUGCUCUACUCGGCGUUAUGUGGAGAGCCAGAGGUUGUACAACAGCUCGCUGAGCGAGGACGUGACCGAGUUCGAUUUUUCCGAAAGCGUACUGAGAGAUGGAGGCGCUGGAAGGGUCGUGGAAGACGAGGAGGUGGAAGGGAGACGGAGGAUCGAGGUUAGUUUGGGUGCGACGGAGAUCGACGGGCACGAGUGCAUGGGGACGGUUUGUGCUCUGGUGCAACGGGUUUUCGACGAUGGCAUUUGCAGGUUGCCCGACGAAGAUGGCGACGGUGAUGCGGUGGUGCCGAUGUGGAUGAACGGCAUUGCAUCGACUCUUUUGGACGAAAACACGCACAAAAACGUGAAAAUCUUUCUUGUAAAAGUGAUCGAUAACAAGAGCGAGGUGUUCGGAAAAUUCGCCAAGGUUUUUUUGAAACCGCUCGUUCGAUUCGUCAUCGAUAAAAUCGCAGGAGAAACGAUCAAUUAUUUCGUUAACGAUGUGCUAGUUCUGAUCGCCACUUGGUCGACGGACAUCCGAAAUCCCUCUGAAGACGACGUCCGUUGGGCGUCGAAACUCCUGCACCAUCUCAUUAGACGCAUUCAUCACGACAGACGCGACAUUUUCAAAUACAACUUGGAAAUUCUGAAGCUCCUGGUGGAAUCGUGGAAAGCCCAUUUGACGACCAUAGACGAAUCCGCCAUCUUGGAUUUGUUUUCUAACGAAACCGCAGCGGAGGCGGCUUUGCACGUGUCGUCCGUGCUGUUGGCAAACAAUUUGAAAUUUUGGCGGGACGAAGAGGACAUUUCGAAAUUUUUGGCGAAAUCGUUGAAAUCGGACGAGAAGAGGAUCUACAGGGCGGCUUCCGAAACGUCGGGGCUCUGGUUGAGUACGUUGAACGAUGCCAACGGAGCGAAUUAUAGCGAUUUGUUAAAAGACAUGCCUUUGGAUAAAUUUGCCAUGUGCCUCGAGGGUGUAGCAAUUGCCCAUCCGCAAAUAAUCGACGGCCACGCAUUGGCCCGCUUGAUGCCGGUCCUGUUUUACGGCACGCCAGAUCAGAAAAUAACGAUAUUAAAACUGAUUCUGAAACGGUUGGAUGUCUCGCGGGAUGUGCUCGAUCAAGUCAGCGAUUUUAAAAUCGUCGAUUGGCACCGGCUCGUCGACGAUUCCAACGUUGAAAUCGGGAUUUUAGCGUUGGAAGUCGUGAGAAAAUCCAUCCGCUUGUUUUCCGAUGAUUAUUCGAAAUUCCAGGAUAUCCUUGGGGCGUUUUCCAAGCACACUUAUCACCCGAAUUCGACCUUCAGGAGUUGCUUGUACAACGCCGCUAUAGCGACAUACGAAUUUAUCAAAGUCGAACCUUUGAGGGUGAUUUUACUGGCCGGUUUGGCCGAUCCGGACGAGGAAAACCGACAAAAAAUGGCGGAUUUCUGGUCGAAGACGGUCGAUUUACCGCGCUCAGUUAUUCACAGAUUCCCUGCCGUUCUAUCGCAAUUGUACGAACCGAAAUUCGAGGAUAAAUUAUUGAACGCUUCGACGUACGUUCUGUUGGACGUGUUGAAAGAAAACGUUAAAUACGAUACGAGCAUAUUCGAGCAUCCGUUGGAAGAUUGCGAUUUCGAAGAAUACAAAUUGUCUACCAAUUGGAAGGUCCAGCAUCCGUCCGUUGUGCCGUUGUUUGCUGAAACUUUGGAUCCUAACAGUUUCCCCAACGAUUCGAACGCUGGCGGUUUCGCCUUGAAAAAAACCAAUUCCUACCUCGAAUUCCUCCCGACCCAAUCCUAUCACGACCAACAGGUUUCCAAAUUAUCCAGCCUCAACGAAACGCUGUCCUUACGCCAGCGCACCGUCGAUCCCUUCAAGAACCCCAACGACACCUCGACUCCUUCACGCGCUAAUCCUUACAAACUCACCAAGCGGCGGUUCCUGAAGGACAAGUGGAAAAUCGCCAAGGACAUGGCGCAAGUGGAGGCUCGCAAGCGUCGCGAAACCCUCCGGCGCAUCGAAGAAUACGCCAAGCAAAAAGAAAAAACCGUCACCUUAUACAGGAGCUACAGAAAAGGGGACUUUCCCGACGUACAGAUAUCGCUCGCUGCGAUCCUGAAGCCCCUCGAGGCGCUCGUCUGGCGCGACGACGAGCUCUGCAAGAUCGUCUUUCUGCAGUUAUUCGCCGGAUUAUUAGCUGCCUCCGAGGGUUCCGGUUCCGGUGAAUUUCUGGCGGGAAUUUCGCAGAGCGUCGGGAAGAUUUUCGACGGUUCCGUGCGAUUCGAUCGGAAUUUGUUCGGCGCUCUGUUCGACGUGCUGUUGAAGUGUAAAGGGGCCGUAGUAGUGGAGCCCGAGUCGGUGGCGCGCGUCGCCCAGGAGAGCAGUUUGCAGGCGGCAGGAGCUCUGGUGAUCGAGGAAUAUAUCGUUGCAGGAUUGGACGUUAGCGAGCCGUCUUCUAGCAAGAGAACGUUCAACGACGAUAGCAGGGAGAUGGUUUAUUGGAUGAAAUUGGCAGAGCUAUACAAAGACCUGGAAGAAUGGGACACGGUCCGAUCGAUAUUCCUCGCCAAAACCGACGGGCGUCAAUCGAUCCGCGAAGCCCUCUCGUUCGAAUCGAAGCAUCUGUACAGGGAGGCGCGAAAACUUUACGGUCGGCUCGUCCAAAGCGAACGUUCGCCCACCGUCAGGGACUUUUAUUUGGACUCGUGCUUCCGGUGCUUCGGCGAGCUCUGCGAGUGGGAGAAGAUCCCGACGGCCGUCGGCGACGUUGUCGAGCAUCGCGACGGCGACGUAUGGGAGGGCGUAUGGGAGGACGGGUGGGCCCGCAGGAAAUUGUUGCCUUGGUAUAUGAAGGCUCGGGUGAGGUCGCAAUUGACGGAGAUGCGCGUCGACGACGAGUUCCUGCGGAGGUUGAACGAGUACCUUGUUAGACCGGAUCGAAGGGGGUAUUUGGCGCGGAAUUUCGCCGAGGAACUUUGCGUGCUGUGGUUGAUGCAGAACGACGUGAGGACAGCCAAACAAUAUCUAAAAACGCCGAUCGAAAACUUCCUCGACGACUGGCGCACAUUAAACCCCGUCUUCAGAUCGCAACGCUACCGGAGGCUCCUGCGGUUGCGCAACGUCGCCCAAAUCGCCGAUUUCAUAGACGUCUACGAUUCCUCUACGCACGACGUCGACGGUUCGUUGUUGGACGCCCUGCGUCGAAAAUGGCGCGGCUGCGACGCCGGCGACGCCAUCUCGGUGAAUUACGCGGAAACUAAAUUGCUCUACGGGCGGUUGUUCGUCGACGUCGCGGCGAAGAAGAGAUCGAACGGUGAAGAUUCGAGCGGAAUGGAAUUGGAGUCGUCGUGGCGCCGCCGGAUGGAUUUGGAUUUGGUCGAAGCGGCCGUGGAUUUGGGGAACUAUCACGUGGCUUGGAAAUACUUGAGGAGGUACGUCGAUGAUGAUGAUGAUGGUGACGAUGAGAUCGUCGGUUUGAAAGGCGCCGUGGCGUAUUUGAAGGGACGCGUCGCCGAAGAGCCGGCGAAGAAGAUGGAGUUGAUGUUAGAGGCUCUGACGAUAUUGGAUCGUCCAUCUACUAAUUUGAAAACCGACUGUAAAUUAUUCGACGCGUUAAUGGAAACGUCCCGAAUUCUAUCGAGCAACGAUGAGCAGGCCGCUUUUUUCGCACGAUUCAAACGAAAAAUCGAUUUUAUCCUUAACAAAUCCGUCGAUACGUCGCUGGACAUCGAACGGUACGCUUUCGACAAACUCAGAAACUCAACUGACCGUGCAUUUUCGACAAAUGACGGUACUUUGGCGUUUAAUCCGUCGAAUAUCACAUUAUCGGAGGCUUACAUCAAAUUGGCGGAAUUCGUAAAAGACAAGGAUCCUGUUGAAUGCAAAAGGUACUUCGUGCAAUUCGUGCUCCGCGCCAUGAGGCUCGAUUCGCCCGCCGGCAGACAAUUGUUCCCGUGCUUAUUGACCGCCGACGGAUUGGGCGAGGCCCUCUGCGAUAAAGCGUUCCUCGACGAAUCCGCCGGUAUUCCCACGUGGAUGUUUAUCGAUUGGAUACCGCAGUUAUUGGCCCAGAUCGAUACGCGCCGAGUUCGGGCGCUGGCGCCGACGAUAACCAGAUUGGCCGAAACGUAUCCGCAGGCGGUUAUGUACGCGUACAGGUUGAGCAAAGGGCAUUAUAGGUUGAUCGAAGAUGGCGAUCAUGAUGAUGAUGAUGAUGAUGAUGAUGAUGAUGGAUCGAUUUCGGUGGCUCGAAAGUUGAUUGAGAGGUUAGAUGAAUUGCUAUUAACCGAUGAGAACGUCAACAAUUUCCUGAAGGCAUUGACCUACGUAACCGUACCGGAAGUACUAUUAAAAUACCACGCGUCGAAAAUGGAGAAAAUUCGCGACAAGUCGUUAAUGAGACGAUACGCAUGCGCAUUGCUAAGAGAUAUUUUCGACGAAAAUUGCGAUAAUUUCCAAGGAGCCAUUUACGGGGCCAUCAAAGGUUUUCGAAAGGAUUUCGAGGAAUUUAUGAAGGAAGAAGCGGAAAUCGGCCGCGUGCACGCGACAAUCCGCACCAAACUGGACGAAACUUUUGCCAUAAGAUACAAAAUAAGAUCCAGAGAGAUGUCGGCGAUGUUGAAAGAUUAUUCGCCUUGGUUGGCGAAUUUCUCCGCCGGAAAAUUCGACGCCGAUCUGGAAAUUCCCGGCCAAUACGAUGGCGGGAAGAGACCUUUGAGCGAGUACCACGUCAGGAUAUCCGGUUUUCGACCGGAGAUAAAAAUAAUGGAAUCGUUAAGGAAUCCCAUCAAAGUGACCAUCUUGGGAACGGACACGAAGGAAUAUCCGUUUCUAAUCAAAUCGGGCGAGGACAUUCGUCAGGAUCAAAGGAUAAUGCAAUUGUUCAGGCUGAUGAACGGUUUUAUGAAGACUGAAACCGUUUGUUCUAAUAACGAUUUGGAAAUUUUGACUUACCAGGUCGUCCCGUUGACAUCCAAUUUGGGUCUAAUUCAAUGGAUCGAAAACACCCAAUCUUUGAACCAUCUCAUAAAAAGCAAUUUAAUUGGUCCAGAACGAAUCGAGGAAUUCGGAAAAUUGCGAUGUAAAUACGAAAAUAACCUCAACAUAACCAACAAGAAUAACUUCCACCAUUACGGUAAAGCCGCGAUGACGAUAAACAAGGAAAAAAUCGUGGAUUAUUUAUCGGUUUUGGUCAAAGAGGUGCCUUGGGAUAUUUUGAGGACCUCGUUGCGUUCGCUCUCCGUCGACGCCGAAACGUUCAUAGCCCUCCGCGAUAACUUCAUCAAAUCCUAUGCGUCGAUUUGCGCCGCCCACUGGACGCUCGGCAUCGGCGACCGCCAUCUCGACAACAUCCUCAUUUGCACCGCCACCGGCAAAUUACUCGGCAUCGAUUUCGGUCAAGCCUUCGGCGCCGCCACGCAGGCGCAACUGGUGCCCGAGCUGGUGCCGUUCCGGUUGACGGCGCGCCUGCGCGCUUUAAUGGAGCCGCACGGCGAGAGAGGUCCCUUCGCCGAGUACAUGGCGCAUUCUAUGCGAUGUUUGCGGGCAAAUCGAGUCGCCCUGUUGGCCGCCAUGGACGUCUUCGUCAAGGAACCUUCGUUGAAUUGGCUGGAGCGAGCCGGAGACUCGUCGCCUGAGACGGGGAAGUGGUACCCCCGGGUGAAGAUCGGACAGGCGAGAAGAAAGUUGGAGGGGGCUUGUUCGAUGGAUAUCGUGGUGGAGGAGUUGCGCGACGGGUGUAUAGGCGUGGAGGAGUAUAAGAGGGCUUACGUGGAACGCGUUAGGGAGGCAGGGAACGCUCUGUAUGCGGGUAGGGAGGAUUUGAACGUGGAGGAGCAAGUGGAUUGUUUGAUUAGUCACGCGAUCGAUUAUGGUUUGUUGGGUAGGAUGUUCGCCGGAUGGGCGCCGUGGGUUUGAAUUAUAUGUUUUUAUUUUGUAAGAUUACAUGUUUUUUUUUGUUGUAUAUUUAAAUAUAAUAUAAAAUUUUAUUUAUAUAAAUUUGUUAGCAUGUAACAUUAAAAAUGGUAUUGCAUAAAAAUUUAAUAUAGGCAAGAUAAGUAAAAAAAUUCAAUUGAAAUAAAUCAACACAACUUAUCUGUUGGGAAUUUCUUUUCAAUAGAUCAGUAAUUGACGGACUUGUAGUACAAUAAUGUUUUAUUAAUACAUAUCAACAUUAUACAGAGUGUUAACUCUAUCGCGGAGCAAUCUCGGUACGGGAUAGCCAAU